GGGAUUACUUUGAAGGGGACAAAAUAGAUAUUCAUGAAUAAAUAAAUAAUUUUUGAAAAAACACAAAAUUCGCGAUACUUUUUGAACACACCUCGUAUAGCACUUAUACGACGAACCAGUUAUGUUUUGAUAACUCACAGUAGCCUCGCAGUGACAUCGUAAAUUACACGUGACUCUGUGAGCAAAUUGUAACAUCACUAUAAAGUUUUUUGCUAUAAGAGUACACAUUCUAUUAAACAUUUCUAUUACAGGUAUUAGAAUAUAAUGUGCCAGGAGGAAAACAAUUUAGAGCAUUAAUUUUAAUACAUGCAUAUCAGUUAUUGGCAAAUGAACAACCCACAAAAGAAAAUAUUCGUCUAGCACGGAUUUUAGCAUGGUGUGGGGAACUGAUUCAAGCUGCUGGUCUCAUGAUUGACGAUAUUCAAGACAAAUCAGUACUUCAUCGAGGACAACCAUGUUGGUAUCUAAACGAUAAUGUAGGGUUGUCGGUAAUAACUGAUGCUCUAAAAUUGAAAAAUUCUGUAUAUUAUAUCUUACAAAAGUAUUUCAAAGGGAAAACCUGCUAUGUUAAUCUACUAGAAACAUUCCAUAAUAUCAUAUUAAAAACAUUAGAUGGCCAAAUAUUAGAUCUACAGUUGUCUAAAAAUUUUAGCAAGAAGCUAAAUCUGAACUUAUUCACAAUGGAUCAAUACAAGUGUAUUGUCAGGAACAAAACGUCGUAUUAUUCAUUUGUUUGUCCAGUAUUCCUAGCAAUGAAUUUAGCUGGAAUAAAAGACCCAGAAAAGUUUAAGCAAGCAGAAACGAUUUUAUUGGAAAUUGGACAUUUAUUCCAAGUCCAAGGUGACUUUUUGGAUUUCUUUGGAGAUUCAGAAGCCAUUGGCAAAGAUAGCACUGAUAUACAGCAAGGAAAAUGUACGUGGUUUAUCGUAAUGGCUCUUCAACGCGCGACUCCGGAACAGCGUGAAAUUUUAGAAGUGAGUACCAUUGGUUUAAUGCACUAUUUCAUCACUCUGUUAUAUAAAUUCUUUUCUUUCUUUACGCAGGAGUGUUACGGAUUUUCGGAUCCGGAAAAGGUUAAAUGCGUGAAACAACUGUUUAACGAUUUAGAUUUACAUAAAGUAUGUAUAUCGUACACAGAACAGGCAUUUAAUCUAUUACGUGAACGUAUACAGGAAAUGUCAUGUGGGCUCCCGCAUUGUUUUUUCUUGGACAUAUUAAACAUACUUUAUCGCAGAAGAUCAUAAAACAAUCGUGUAUAUUAAAGAAAGAGAAAAAUAUGUUAAUAUUUUAUCAAUGUAUAUUUUAUAUAUACAUAUACAAUAUAGAUACUUAUGGAGGAUAGCAUCCGAGCAUGCAUGCAAAAUUUCAAAUUCUACAUUCUUUUUUCUUUAAAAAACUCGAUAUCAAUUUAUAUAAAUUUCUGCGGCGCUCUGGUGGGAUCACCAUAGAUUGAUAGACUGAGUCAAAGAUAAAGCCUAAAUAUCUGCACUUUUGUGAGGGUAAAAGUUGAGAUUUAGAGUAAUUAAUAAAGAGUCCCAGCGAGGAUAACAAUUCAAUUGAGGCGUCUAGAUUAUCUAGACAGUCUUUUUUUGAAGAGCCUGUAAUCAGAAGAUCAUCCAAAUAGAUGACUGAACAGUAUCCUUUUGCCUUUAGAUGGGCAACUACUGGACGUAGAAUUUUUGUGAAAAUGAAAGGGGCUGUAAAUAAGCUAAAAGGGAGAAAUGUAAAUUCGUAAGUUCUUCUUCGCUAUUGGAAGCGGAGAAAAUGACGAUAUUUUUGAGCUACAGAGACUAGCAGAUAAGCGUCUUCUAGAUUAAAACUCAUCCAGGAAUCCUGGAUCAUAAGUUAGACUACUGUACGCCAGUCUUCUAGCUAAAACUGCUGUGGACAAAGGAAGGUAUUGGUAUUGAGGUUCUUAAGGUUCAGUAUAAACCUCAUCCCUCCUGACGAUUUUUUGAUUAAGAAACUCUUUGAUUAAGAAAAAAUUGGACAAAAAUUGAUUUUCAGAUAAAGAUGUAGCCACUAUAGCUCCUUUAUCUACUAGUCGCAAAAUUUCCUUGUCGCAUAAUUCCGCCAUAGCGGAUGAGAAGUUGGGUUCCUGCAAAUAUGCGCGGGGAGGUAGGGGGUAAGCAAACGGAAUGUGCAAACGGUAACCCUCAAUAGCUCAAAGAACCUUGGAGUCCUUUGUUAUUUCCUUCCAUUUAUGAAGGAACAAAGACAGACGUCCUGCCGACCUUACUUGUACUAGCAGCGCGUUCGGGAUCUGGAACGACGAACUCGGCUGUGGCUCGUUGGUUGCUUCGCCCAUGUCUGGCAAACCGAAGAUGAGAUCCGUUGCACAGGGACCUUGUAGUUUAACGGCUUCUGCUGAGAAGCGUGUUGCCGUAUUGGUUAAUUACUAGCCUUAACUAUCUUUGGCUGGGCAAAGGUAGACUUCGAUAUCAGCCGCCCUGUUUUCUCGCUUGAACUGCCUUCAAGUCUUCUGCGAAAUUAGCUCCAAACAGCCAGUCGUCGACCUUGGAUGAAUCCGCUGCCGAUUUACCGACAAAAGUCAGACAAGGUUUUAUAUACGCCUGUCUGGCUAGGAAUAGACGAAACUGUAAAUCCGCUAUAAGGUGAAGUCCCUCUGUUAACUUUGAAAUAAUAUUUUUCAAUUAGUCGUUUUGGGGGGUAGGUUAGCUUGAUGUAGUUUCAGAAGGUCGGUUAUACCAAAGCGUUCUGAAACUAAAUGCGUUCAAGCAGGCCCCUAGCUGAAUUUGCCUGUUGAAUUGAAACUUGUCUCUUUUUAGAAGAGACUGUUGCUUGCCGAUGACUGCCUUUAGUUCAUUGUUGAUUUUUGGCGGGCCUAGACUCAGAAGGUCGCCCUUGAGCUCAUAUUUUGACAGCAUAUAUUGGCGCAGCUCUUCUUUCAGCCUUAACCAAGUCUCAGAUCUUGUAGACGCAAGAAUGAUAGGAUCCCAUUUUGAGUUGUCUGUCGAGCCUUGCUCUUCGCCAAACAAUUUGUUAACCAGAGAGGUUAUCUCACCUUCCUCCAGGUUGGCUUCCUCCUGAGGCUCCUCCGAGAUGAAAAAUACAACUCUGUGACCGUUAGGCACAUUAGUUACCUGAGUUUCUAGUAAGAAAAAAAAAGAGCAAAUGAGAUUUAGAUGAGACAAUCGACUAUAUUUUCUCUUCGCCUUAACGAGAAAAUAUACCUUUUUUUUUUUUUUUUUUUAAGGUCAGGAAAUACAUUACUGCAUUUCCGCGCCAUGUGGGGACAUGGCGCGGGGUAUGUGGGGCUCCCUCCCCAAAUAGGGAAGGUAUACCCACUAAAACCUGACCGUUUCCGGCGUCUGGGCUUAGGACGGAAAACGGGAUCGGCCUAAGCAUGCACCGUGAUCCGUCCUAACCCAAACGGGUCUUCGCUCAAGAGCAGAGACCCCCCUCCGGAGUUAGCAGCCGAGACCCGACCGAAGUCGAGCCCCAGCCGCCCGAACCGGGAUGCCGGGUGUGCGCCGGACCCCCUUGGGAGAGGGCCCUAGGUACGCACUCCCGCACCCCCAGCCCCAGACGGGUCAGCCGGGCAAGUACCCCGCCGCUAAUUCCGUCCGAGGCUUACCUCCUCAACAGUGGAGAGGGUAGGGCCCUCUGUCCGGUCUGGCCGGCGCUGUGAGGGUCCCCCCUCCCACUGUUCCUUCCCGGCUCCAGCUCAAACCCUCGGUGAGGGGAUCGUUGAGCCCCGCCGGCGUCACGGCCACGACCUGACGUCGUCGCCGCGAAACCGGCGAUAACCAGCGGGCAGGAAGGGCGACGAAGUCACCCCCUUUCUACCCUUUCCUUCCCACAGGGGGAGGGUGGAGAGGGAGGAGGGCUCACUGAUGUUGUUGUAGGUAUACUCUCCUCCGUCUCCCCCAACGAGAAAAUAUACCUGGUUCAACGCCCCGACUUCCGCAAGUCGUUUGCUCAUCUAUUGGAUACUCAAUCUCUUGCGAAAUGCUUUCCUCUGAGGGAGGGAUAAUCUCGCUUACAAGUUGGGAUACAGGAGGGGUUUCUCUGCUCCGUUCAUGCCUUGUUCUGUGUUUUAUGAAAUCCAGGAUCUCUCUCAGAGUUUCAGUCAAGAUUUUGCCAGAUGUUCCCUGCCGAAGGGAUGCAUACCUCGAGGAUCCGAACGAAAACAAUCGCUGGCAAAAGUCCCGCGCAGUGUCUCGCGAGCGCGGACCUAACCUCCAUUUCUCGAGCUCGCGACUUUUCCCUAUCCCUAUGCUUUUUCUUAUAGGGGGGGGGGAUAGUUUGAGUGACUCCUAUGACGAUGAGAAUGCUUUUCCUUUGGCAUCCUGUGCCUAGAAGUUUUAAAUCUAUUAAAUAGAACUGAAAACUUGAUGCUUGUACUGUUGAUGUUGCGCAACAGAAACAGAACGAAGUUAGUGCCAGGAGCGGCGCUGGUAUCGAUACAUGGCGCAAGAUUACGAGACACGUGACCUCUCUGCCUUUCUUGAAAUUUUUAGGCAGAUCUAAAACUAUUAAGCGUAGGGCAUGCAGAGACAUAACUACAUUAUAUUAUCCAUCCGGACAAGACAGCCUAGGCAUGAUCAUCAUAUAUAGAGGAUGUCAGGUAACUACCGUCCCUGGUUUCGUGGAUUGAUAGAUCAAGUAAAACUGAGCAGAAAAGUACUUUAUUAUUUUUUAAUAUUUGCCAUAGUUAACGAAAUAAAAAUUA